AUGCGAGUUCACUCUCGAGCCAACUUGCCAGUGGCUGAUGGUUCGGUCGUGACCUGGGGCUACGCCAGCCAUGGAGGUGACUCCAGUUCUGUUGCCUCCGAGCUUGCAUCGGGCGUCCUGUCCAUUCAACCUCCAAAGCCUGAUGGCUUCCAGCGUGGUUUCGUUGCUUGGAAAGCCGGCAGCACAGCCGUGAUUUGGGGCCACAACACGGGCGGAACCCACAUAGCCUUGCCCUCCCAAGUGAUCUCGGAUGUGAAGAAAGUGGAGCUCGCAGGACUGGCCGUCGGAGUCUUGAGGAAUGAUGGGACUGUGAUCACUGCCGGCCGGGCAGACGACAGCAGGAGCUUCGCCGAUUCAAGUAGCGUUGCGGCACAGCUCACGAAUGUGGUUGACCUCGUGUGCCCGGCGUACGCAUGCGCAGCACUCAAGGUCGACGGCACGGUGGUGACCUGGGGCUAUGCAGACUGGUUUGGAUCGAGCAGAAGGCUUUCAGGCUCCAGUGGGCUCACGAACAUCCAGAAGAUCUAUGGCUCGUUCUAUUCUUUCGCUGGGCUCAAGACGGACGGAAGUGUGGUUACUUGGGGUCGGAGUGGUUCCCAGUAUGGCACAGACUUCUCAAGCCCCCGAAGCAGCACGAGCAGCGAGGUCCAAGCCGAUGUCGUGGAGAUCUACUCGAACCCAACGGCCACUGAGGGAGGCGGAGCUUUCGUUGCCGUGAAGCAGGAUGGCGGGAUAGUCGCAUGGGGCAACUCACAGACUGCGAACAUCCCGUACAACAGGCUCACAACCGUCACCACUACAACAAUCUCAACCACAUCCUUAUCUACAACGUCGACGACUAGCUCAAGCACUUCCACACACACCACAUCUUCGAGCAAAACUACAACACAUACCUCGUCCACAAGCUCCUCAACCACUUCCACAUCGUCUACAUCCACGAGCAGCACGCGGUGUGGUGUUGGGAGGUGUACUGGGGCAUGCUUGGCUUCGUCUAUGUCUUCCCGCUCUUCCUCUUUGGAACGACUGACGAGGACCCACGGCGUGCUGGGAUUCUGCGCCUUUCGGUGGCAUCCAACUGGGACCUGGGGUCGACGAGCCUUAUGCUUCUCGCGCUGCGGGUGA